UUGAUUUUUAAAUAGAUAAAUUGAUAUUCAUUUUUCUUAAUUGGAUUGAGUUCAGUUUAUUAUCUUAAUUUUGUUAAAUAUAUUUACUUAUUAUAAAUAUGUACACUAACAAAGUUGCAUUUCAUCUCAAAACCAAAACUAUUAUUUGAUCACCAUGUCUCCUGCAAUUAGAAUGAUGAGCAUGGCACUCUUUAUUCAAAUCUUUACAUUUUUUCUCUUUACCGCCACAGUCUCAUCAUUUCCUCCCGGUGGCUUCACAGUUGAUUUAUUCCAGCGUCGCUCUAAUUCAUUUUCUUCUCGAAUCUCUAAUACCCAGCCCGGAUCAUCUCCUUACGCCGAUACCUUCUUUGAUUCCUCCGAGUAUUUUAUGAAAUUACAAAUCGGUACUCCUCCUGUCCAGAUCGAAGCUAUCUUAGACACAGGAAGCAGCCGCAUCUGGACAAAUUGUUUGCCUUGUGGUAACUGCUUUAAACAAAGUGGUCCAGUAUUCGACCCUUCAAAAUCCUCGACCUACAAAGACAAAAUAUGCGAUGGCAGUCCUUGUUCGUAUGAGACAAUCUACGAAGACCAAAGCUAUACAAAAGGAACAAUUGCAACCGAGACUGUCAGGAUCCAAUCAACUUCAGGUCAACCCUAUGUAAUGCCUGAAACCACCAUUGGAUGUUCCCACAACUCCUCAGUAGUGUUUAGAACAGCCGCUUCGGGCAUUGUUGGUCUAAACUGGGGAUCUUCAUCACUUGUCUCUCAGAUGGGUGAAGACAUGCUAGGUCUCAUGUCUUACUGCUUUUCUGGUGAGGGAACUAGUAAGCUCAACUUUGGAAGUAAUGCUAUUGUGUCAGGAGACGGGACUGUAGCAGCCAAUAUGUUUAGAAAGAAGGCGAAUCCCAAUAUGUAUUACCUAAACCUAGACGCUGUCAGCGUUGGGGAGACUCGCAUUGAGACACUGGGGACACAGUUUCAGGCCUUAGACGGGAACAUGAUCAUUGACUCUGGAACAACUUACACCUACUUGCCCGAGAGCUACUGCGACAAAGUGAGGACGGCAGUGGAAAAAGUUGUGAAAGCGGAUCAAGGAGCUUCCACGGACAAUAUGCUUUGCUACAAAACGAAUAACAUGAAUAUCUUUCCAGUGAUCACAAUGCAUUUCCAAGGUGGUGCGGACCUUGUUUUGGAUAAAUACAAUACGUAUAUGAUGUAUGGAGAAGUCACUUGUCUGAUGAUUUUAUGUGAUCCGGGAACACCAAUUUUGGGUAACAGAGCACAAAACAAUUUUUUGGUUGGGUAUGAUCCUUCUUCACUAUUGGUUUCUUUUAAACCCACCAAUUGUUCUGCAUUGUGGAGUUAGACAAGACAAACCAAGACUAGAGAGUCAUUUUCAUUAAUAAGACCACAGAGAAUGGAUUUCUUUUUGUGAAUGAGUUGUUGAGUCACAAUCAUAAUAAAUAAUAAAUAAGCUUUUAGACA